AGCUGGAGAGGGGAUGAGAGCAUUAAGCCUGCUCAGCAGGCUGCGAAUAGCAGGCCCCAGGACAGGAACCGGACUGGACUGGACCGGCCAAACAUAGAGAGGGGGGAGAGAGAUGAUCAACAAUCGCAGUGCUAAUACAUUUGUCAGUGCCAUCGAGACCAUGACUCUGCCGUCAAAUUUAGACUGCGGAGAGAGAAUCAGUGGGCGCGCAGAAGCUGUUUCUGCUUCUUGUUCUAAUUUUUUUCACGUUCGUUCUUGCUCUACUACCCCCUUCAUCCAGAUGUCUGCUCAGCUAGCCUCCAGAUGUACUCUCCCUCCCCUCCCAUAGUGGAGAGGUGCUUUCUACGCACACACACACACCACCCAUCGUGGCUGUGUUUAUCUCCCUCUCCGGGGAAGAUUAGUGCUCCUCAUCAGUGCCUGCCGCCGCCCUCGUCGGCCUCCUGCCACCUCAUUGGCUGCUGCUCUCAGGACCACCGCUGACUGGAGAUCACUGUGACGACCAAGAAGGGGGAGUUCUGUUAUUGCCGUGGUGGUGGGGAGGCGACCACUCACCAAAUCACCGACCAGCUGGGAUCCCCAAAACAUUGUGAGGAAAAAAGGAUUGAAGGAAAUAGAAAAAAUAUAAUAACAAGGGAUUAACUGUCGGCUUCAACGGAGCAAUCAGGGAGUUCGUUGAAAACGGCACCAAAAAACACCCAGAUUCUCUCUCUCUCUGUCUCUCUCUGUGUGUGCCAAGUUGCUGGUCGAAGUGGACAGCUGUUCAAAAACAAGGGAAGAAGGAUGGAGGAAAAAAACAGUGAAAUAAAAAACAGCCCUUGGGUAAAAGACUCAUUCUACAUCCUCUUGUUUUCUAAAGCCACCAUAAUAUAAUGAGAGAGAGGUGCAUCGCUGAACGAGUGCAGCAUGCAUCAGCACUGAGGCAGAACGAAGGAAGGAGCGGCGUGUGAGAGAGACGGUGACAGCCUGUGAUAGAGGGAUGAGGGAGGAGUGCAAGGGAGCGAGAGCAGAACUGGAAGGUCAUUACCACUAGGCGAGACAGAAAUUAACAGGGAUCUGUCACUCUUUGACACCUACUCUCUUAAAGGCUACCUUCAACACAAAUCAACAAAAGAGCUGAAUCCUUCUGCAUUCGCAUAUAGAAAACCCCUCCACAGAACCUGACUCAACCAGCCAAUGCAUUCCCAGAGGAAUGGCCUAUGUCCAUUGUGAAGAGGACACUCCUACCUUGUUCCUAUCCUUCUAAAUGUACCUAACCAAAGAACUUGGUCACUUGUUAUGACUGGCUGACCACAACAUCCUCCUUUGACUGCGACCCAAACCAGGAAUUGGCCUCUGUCUACAGAAAGGAAAAAGGGAAUAUCUUUGACCAGCCGCUGCUAAGAGGAAUAGCCUCAUCUGUUGUUCACCAGAACACACACUGGAUUGGUGAAUGUGUCUCAAACCAAGACGGACUAGGUGUACUAAAGAGGCAUCCCUAUUCCCUAGAAUCCCUACACUGUACUACAAACAGGAAUAUCUGUAUCGGUUGACGUAAACACAUACUGGAGGGGUAGGCUGAGGCAAUUGGAGAGCUGACAGAUUGACCGUCAGACAGGCGGCAUUUGAUCUCAACAUGGGAGAGACAGCCGAGUACCAGCGACUGUCCAGCGAUGACGAGGAGAAGCUAGGCAGUAAUAUGCAGUCGGAGGAGGGCACAGAAUGGCUCCUGGAGCUGCUGAUGGAGGUGCAGCUGCAGCAGUACUUCCUGCGUAUCCGCGACGAUCUCAACGUGACGCGACUCUCCCACUUCGACUACGUCAAGAACGAGGACCUGGAGAAGGUCGGCAUGGGGCGGCCCGGGCAGAGACGGCUGUGGGAGGCGGUCAAGAGGAGGAAAGCUAUGUGCAAGCGGAAGUCCUGGAUGAGCAAGGUGUUCAGUGGGAAGCGUCCGGAUGGCGGGGACAUCCAGCAGGCGGCGCCCACCUCCUCCUUCCGCAAGCUGUCCCCCACGCCACCCCCAGCUGUUGAGGGGGGUCCUCAGUCCCUGUCCCAGCCCCCCCAGCACCAGGCCCUCACCUGUCUGAUCAGUGAGAAGGACCUUGCUCUCUUCGAGAAGCUCGGCGACGGCUCCUUCGGGGUGGUCAAGAGGGGCGAGUGGUUCACGCCCGCCGGGAAAGUGGUGAGAGGGACUGAGUUGACUGUAGCGGUCAAGUGUCUGAAGACAGACAUGCUGAGCCAGCCGGAGGCGUUGGACGACUUCAUCUGCGAGGUCAAUGCCAUGCACUCCCUGGACCACCAGAACCUCAUCAGGCUGUACGGAGUGGUGCUCACACAUCCCAUGAAGAUGGUGACCGAACUAGCCCCGCUUGGCUCCCUCCUGGAGCGCCUGUGCUGCGUUCGGCCACAAGGCCCCAUCCUCAUCCACAUGCUGUGCCAGUACGCCGUGCAGGUGGCGUGCGGCAUGGCCUACCUAGAGCAGCGGCGCUUCAUCCACCGUGACCUGGCCGCCCGCAACAUCCUGCUGGCGUCGGCCCAGAGGGUAAAGAUCGGCGACUUCGGUCUGAUGCGGGCGCUGCCCAACAACCACGAACACUACGUCAUGCAGGAACACCGCAAGGUGCCGUUCGCGUGGUGUGCCCCGGAGAGCCUGAAGGCGCGGACAUUCUCCCACGCCACAGACACCUGGAUGUUCGGGGUGACGCUGUGGGAGAUGUAUACCCAUGGACAGGAGCCCUGGCUGGGCCUCAAUGGCAGCCAGAUCUUACACAAGAUUGACAAGGAGGGUGAGCGUCUACCCAAGCCAGAGGACUGUCCCCAGGACAUCUACAACGUCAUGCUGCAGUGCUGGGCCCAGAAACCUGAUGACAGGCCCACCUUUAUCGCCCUCAGGGAGUUCCUGCUCGAGACCAUGCCAACAGACAUGUGCGCGCUGCAGGACUUUGAAGAGUCCGACAAGCUUCAGAUUCAGGUCAAUGACGUGAUCACCAUCAUCGAGGGCAGAGCGGAGAACUACUGGUGGCGGGGCCAGAACAAGCGCACGCUGAAGUUGGGCCAGUUCCCCAGGAACGUGGUGACCUCGGUUGCAGGCCUGUCGGCCCAUGACAUCAGCAGACCCCUCAAACACAGCUUCAUCCACACAGGCCAUGGAGACACAGACCCACACCGCUGCUGGGGCUUCCCGGACCGCAUCGACGAUCUGUACCUAGGGAACCCCAUGGACCCACCAGAUGUCUUGGGGUUGGACCUCAAUGCUGCCCGGCCUACUCAGCUACCAGGACGAGCAAAAAAGGAGGCACCUACUCGUCCCCCCCAGCCGUUGGUGCUUGUCAAGAGUAAGUGUAGUGUCUCGCUCCAGCUCACCCAUUGCUCCUGCCCUCUCUGUUAUCUCCUAGCUCCAGUCUUCAAAGAGCCGUGCUAUGACUCGGUGACUGAGGACGAGGAGCUGACCGCCUCAGGCCUCAAGGGGCUGUCGCUACUGAAAGCGGGCUCCAUCAAAGGCCUCAAGCUGAAACCCGCCACAUGUGUCUCCGCCUCAAAACAGGGGGGCCGUACUAUGGGAUCAGGCCACACCCCCAGUGAUGUGUCACUCAUCGACUUUGGAGAGGAGGUUCCCCCGGCCGCAUCCUCCCCCUCCCCAGUGGUGGAGCUCCAGGUGCCCUCGUUGGCCAAGCUGGCCCUGGACGCAGAGUUUAUUCUGGAUCGUACUCCUACCCAGAGCCCGUGGCGCUCGCUGCCCCGCCCCUUACACCCCACGCCAGUGGUGGACUGGGAUGCCCGGCCCUUACCUCCACCUCCUGCGUACGAUGACGUGGCACAGGACGAGGAGGACAUGGAGGUGAGCUCCAUCAACUGCCUGAAUCAGCAGCAGGGGGGGAUGGGUGUGAGCCACAGCCCCACAGAGACCUUGCCGGCUGGUGAGGAGAAGGCCAUGGCCAGUGCAGCUGACAAACCCCUGGAGGACAACCUUUUCCUGCCCUCUAAGCAGGGCCUGGCCUCCACAUCCUUCUCUCAGUCAGCUGAGAUCUUUCAGGAGCUCCAGCAGGAGUGCAUGAGGAGGCUCAAUGUGCCCACGGGAGGAGGUCCCCAGCCCCCGUUGCUGUCCCCAAUCUCCGGCCUCCAGUCAAUGGACGUCCACCGCCAGAUCAUCUUGUUCUUCUCUGAGGACAAGCCCCAGGUCCCUCCACGCGUACCCAUCCCGCCUCGCCCUGUCAAACGGGGGGACUACACCCGCUGGUCCGGUGACCUCUCCCUGUCCCUGACUCCAGCUUCUGAGGAAGUUCAGGACCGCCCCCCUCAGAUCCCCCCGCGGGACCCCGUGUCACAGCCGGGCUCGCGCACCCCCAGUCCCAUGGGCCAACAGGUGGGCUCCCCCCAGCAAAGGACAAUGGUUUUCCCCAGUGCCCCUCCUCCGCCCACAUACGGAUCCUACCUCUCCACGUCCCCGGGGAAACUCAUGCCCACCACACAUAGCUUUGCCUUGGACCCCAAAUAUGCCGCACCCAAGGUCAUCCAAGCACAAGCCCAGGGUAAGGACCUGGCCAAGGGGCCCUGCAUCCUGCCCAUCGUCCGUGACGGCCGCAAAAUCAGCAACACGCACUACUACCUCCUGCCCGAGAGGCCGCCUUACCUGGACCGCUACGACCGCUUCUUCAGGGAAGCGGAAAAUGUGCCGACUGGUGGCAGCAGUGGGAUAUGCGAGGAGAGGCGGCAGGCCAACACGGCCACGGUCAGGCCCAUGAUGGUCAACCAGCAGCCGCAGAACCAGGGGGGAGACCUCAAGCCCAACUUUUCCUCCAACAACAACACUAGCCUGGGCUUUCGGCUGGGCAUGAAGUCCUCCCUCAGCCUGCCCAGGGUCAGCUCUGACGGGUCAGCCGGCAGGGCAGAGGGGGGAACCACAGCAGACGGGGUCAAGAUGGUGCAGGAGGCGGUCCAUGGCGUGACUAUAGAGGAGUGUCAGACAGCCCUCCAGAACCACAACUGGAACGUGCAGAAAGCUGUGCACUACCUCAAGGUUGAGCAGCUUUUCUGUCUUGGCCUGAAGACCAGGACAGAGUGUCUCAAGGUGCUGGAGAUGUAUGACUGGAACCUGGAGGUGGCCAGCACUCAGCUCCUGGACUCCUACGGCUCCGUCCGGCAAAGGCGGUGACCGAUGUCACAAGGAGCAACGGCUGAGUCCGUUCAGAACUCUUUUCAUUCAUCAGCGGUCUUUGAAGGGGCGGAGUCUGCUACCGUCUCUCUGUUACGAUUUGCCAGAUGCAUCCAAUAUGCAGUCCACACUGAGGACCUGGAAGCUAACCCGCACUAACACCGAAUAGGAGCGGAAGUCUGCUUAGAACGCAAGGAGUGGAACCAUACUCUUGAAGGGACCAUGUUGUCUGCUGGUCCCUUACCUAUAGCUCAGCACUGAAGGAAAAAUGUCCUCUUUCGGUGCUGGUCUACCCAAUUCAGUUAUAUCACUGCCACAAUAGACCAACUUAGAUUACCCCUUUGUGUUAUUACUAACUUAUAUGAAUCAGGGUCUUAUUGCAUCCCUUUGAAAAUCAACAGAAACGGCAGUACCAUAGUAAAAGAGUAGACCUCUCCUCUGCCAAAGCACUCCCCUACACCCCUACUGUAUGUGUGCUGUGUUAGGCCCCUCAGUUUGGAUAGGGACUUUGUUUUCGGGUUGUCAGCAUCUUUCUGCUGCAAUGCCUGCCUUCCCAGGCCUCCCAAGGUGCUCUACUGCGUUUCAGCAGAGGUCAAAGUUCAAAAAGCCCACCUGAAAGGAGAGAACGAACAUUAAAGAGAACUAAACAAUAUGCAUCUGGUCCACGUUUAAGUGGACUCCUUUUUAUGUUCUGUUCUACAGAGUUCUAUUUGAUUUAUAUUAAGGAAAGGAAUUACUUUUUUUAUGCACACAUACAGUAUAUUAUAUAUAAGAAGAGUUCAGAUGUUUUGAGUUUAUAUAUUUGCAGCGAAUAUGUGCUGAAAUGUGGUGUUUUUUCUUUUUAGUUCUCUGUUCUUUCAAAUAUUUUGCUUUUGAACCGGUUGUUUGAAAAGGACAUAUUGAAAAUGUUCAACUCUCUUGAGAUGUUUUAUUUUCAUUUGAUCAGUUAAGCCGUUUAUGUUAGAAUGUGCUCCCCCUGAAUUGAGUUCACUUGUGGCUCUAAGUACUAUUAAUUUGAUCCACUCCAAAUGUCCAUUUAAUCGUUCCCUACUGGUGACCAGAACGAUUUGACACCUGACUCUUUUUUUGUGCUCCCUCACUAUCUACUCUUAAGUACUUUUACCACACAAAACUACUGUUGAAAAUGGCCCACUGGCUUGCUUAUUUUCAAAGCACAUUGAUACUUAAAUAAUUAAUUAAGAACGUUGCCAGUGCUCCAGGACAAAGAUUUCCCGAGCAGAGACAAUACCCCUAGUAACUAGUCUUUACCUCAACUAUUAGGAGCUAAAACCUUUAGUCAGCACCCAUAGGGUUGCAGAGAAUUUUGAGGGGAAGAAAUGUCAGUACUGGCCCUAGUUGGUUACUCACAUCAAGCACAUACAAGAUCCAAAAUGUCACAAUACUGGAUUAGACUCGGACAAUAAAGUAUGCAGACCUCUCAAAACCUAGAACAAACUGUAAUGUAAAAUGUGAGUGUCUGUUUUCGAUGUAUUUUCUAUACUGUGCUAUCCUCUAUAUUCAUCAUAGACCAGUGGAGCAGAGAUUCUGCAAUGGUUGCACGCAACCUGCUGUUUUCCGUGUGUUAUGAUUCAAAUUGUGUUUUUGAACAUUAAGAUCUUUUAUAGUUGAUUCCAAUAUGUAAAUAAGUCUUACCUGAGAAGGCCUGAAAACUAAACUCAAAUCAGUUAAAAUUCCAGCACAGACCAACGCGGUUAAACUGGCAGACUCCAAGUAGACCACUCCUACCAGUGUAGCGGGCUUGCAGGCUGGUCUUUCCCCAGUCUUUCUGUAGUCACUGUACCAAUUUGGAUGUUUGACUGGGUUUGUGCUUGUAUCUGUGUGUGAAACAGACUGUCUAGACAUUCUCCAGUGUCUGUUUGUGAACACAGUGUACUGUCUCAUAAACACUUUGCUCGUGUUACAAACUCAAA